CAACCAAAAACCCCCGUCCAUUCACUCUCCCCUGCCCCUGCCUCUCUCUGCCUGCGUGCGUGCGUGGGGAGCGUGAGGAUGGAGCAGAGGAAUCCAAUGGCGGCGCAGGCGGCGAGGCCGAACCCCUGCGCGGCCUUCCGCUCGGUCCCGCCGCCGCUGCCCGCGCGCCGCGCCGACGCCGCGCCGAGGCCCAAGGAUGCACCUUGUCCUACCUCUAAUGGCGAUAGAGGUCUUUCUGGGCGGUGCAAAAAGCCUCCAGAGCAUGCCAUGCAUAAGCCGUCUGGCGGUACAUAUACAAAACCUGAUGCAAGAGUGAAGUUGAUUCCGGCAGAAGACAUCACUUAUGUACGGCAUGGAAAGUCUUUUGGUAGAACAGUUGGCUCAGCAAAACUGCAGAAAACACACUGCAGACGAAGUGUCACUCCUCCUCCGAGUUCGCGUAAAAUUUCUCUUGCGAGAUCGACACCGCUUACUCACAAGUCCACGACACCGUUUACUCCCAAGGCCAUGCCACCGCUUAAUCACAAGGCUUUGGUGCCUCUUACCCACAAGGCCACAGCACCUCUUACUCACAAGCCCACGACACCUCUUACUCACAAGCCCACGACACCACCCCAUCCUGUUGCCUCGUGUCUUUCUCCUAAGAGAGUUGAGACAGCUCACAAGGCCUCGGGACCUCUUAGUCCCAAGCCCACUACACCACCCCAGCCUGUUGCAUCGUGUCUUUCUCCUAAGAGAGUUGGGACAGCUCACAAGGCCUCGGGACCUCUUAGUCCCAAGCCCACUACACCACCCCUGCCUGUUGCAUCGUGUCUUUCUCCUAAGAGAGUUGAGACAGUUGAAAACAGGCAAUUUUUCUCUCUCAAUCGGCCAUCACCACUCUACAAGGCUGUCCAGAGAGGUACAUUUCCUCCAUCUGUUUCGCAGAAAGAGUCAGAGAUGAAUCCCAUCAACCCUAGUUCUGUGCAUGUUCCUCCUGCAUAUUCAAGGAAGGUUCCUCUUAAGAGUGUCGUCACACUUGACAACAAAAAGUUAUGCUCUACAAGCAAUCAGGCUGCACUUAAAUGUCAGCCCACAAAAAGAGACGCAGAUCCUAUUGUGGAAAAAGAAACUACUGUGAAGCUUCCAUUACUGAGCCCAACAUCUGUGCUUAGUUCAAGUUCCACCGAGGUCUGCCCAGAUACUGGAAGGUCUUCGUCCAGACUAAAUUUGUUUGAUGGAAAAUCCAAGCUGGACUCACUGCAGCCUGAAACAAACAUACCUCAAGCAAAAAGCCCAGAGUCUACAACUCCAACCCGAUGUGCUCAACUUUCCAAUGAUUUGAGAGUUGUUUCCUCCACUAAGAGCCAUGUCGAGAGACAAACGAACCAGGAACCAUCAAUUAGUCGUAACAUGUCUUCAGGUGCCCAAUUAAUUCUACAUACACCACUGUGCAAGGAGACAUACCAACCAGAGGCCUGCUGGAAGGGCAAAUUUGAAAUAACUGGAGAGCUAACACACACUUGUGAUGGACUUGAAGCCUAUUUCCCUUGUGAAAUUUCUAGCAAAGUUUAUGAAGCUUCAAAACAGAUGCCUGAAAUCUUGAAGCUAGAGGCUCUACCUCUUUCUGGCCUGUUACCAAAAAAAUUCAAGAUGGAACCACCUCGUGUUCAAGAUAUUGGACUGUGCUUCAUAAGUUCUUGUCAAAGGUCAAAUAGGGACUCUUACCAUCUCCUGGAAAAUGUUUCUUCACAUAUUGGCUUGCGGACUGACAUCGGCACAGUGGAGUUGCUUAUAUUUUCGUCCAAGCUGCUUACGGAAGAUGAUCAAACGAAAGACGGAGAACUUUACCUUUUUGGAGUUUUCCAGAAGCGUACCAGAAAGAGGCAGCACCGAGUCGACAGUCAUACAGAUAUCAGCAAUGUUGGCCUUUCAAAGGGAGACUGUAAUAUAUCUGAGGAUAUUGGCAUGGACCUGGAUAUGAUAGGAGGCAAAUACACAAAAGGUAAUGCAGCUCCCGCUGUUUCUUUCUUCACUGGGUCUUGUAGUCCUGACUCCGCAGGGACUACAGAUUCUCUAUGUAAAUCUGCUAGGAGAGCUCCUGCUUGCGGAGACCUUGUUUUGGACCCACCUUCAGGAUUUCUUCCUCUUGAUGUCCCUCCUGGCUUCACAAGAGCUCAUUGUGGACUGAGACUUGAUGCUCCUCCAGGAUUUACAAAAGCACAUGGUGGGUUACACACCAAUGACAGCAUGCCUUCUCCUGGAGCAGAAAACGGUGCUUCCACUCUUUUCUCUGAGAGAAAGUCCCCAAUCAAGUUCUCUCUUAACAUUACAAGGCCUCCUGGAUUUGCUAAAUUGGCUGAGGUGAAAAAAGAGCCUGGGUUACCAGCAUUCUUUAAGGCCACGGAGAAAACACCACCAAUUGGAAAAGCAAAUGAAAAGGAUAUCAAGCAUGAUAAGCAGGUGAACGUCGAAGUGGAAUCGGAUGACAGCUCGGAGGAGCGAGAGUUUCCCAAGACCAAGAGGCUCUCAGAUAUCCUGGGUUCUUGUGCCUCUUCGUCUUGGAGGAAUAACGCAAGUACCUCAGCCGCACCUCGAAACUGCUCUGAAGUUUUCAGGCCUGCGAGUGCGAGCAAGUCUGAGGAACAAAAGCAGCACCAUCGGCAUUGCAGGAAGAGAGGGCAGCAGGAAGCAUCCGAAUCCGCUGCUGCUGUUGAGGCCACCAAAAGGCUCAAGGUCAACGGCCGCAUCGCGCUCAACGGUUGUCCUGCCCUCAACUCCAACCAAGCGCAACCCAAAACUCCACCAACAUAGCCGAGGUCGUCCUUCGUCUCCCGACCCGACGCCAGUGCUCUCGUCUUGUGUGCGUGGCGUGUCGUCUCAACUGCUACCUCUAACUAAUCGGCUAUGAAAACAGACGGUGAUUAUCAUGUCAUAUAUGUAUGUAUUCAGUGUAUUGGCUCGGAGUCGGAGCUGAAAACAGGUACAAAGUCGAAUAGUCAGUCAGAUAUAAUUUUAUGUAUGUACUAGCUGGGCAGUGUCAUGUCAAACCAAAUAUACCAUUCUUGAUCUUUUGAGUAACAAGUGACAACAUGGUUAGUUA